AUGCACAGGCCUGUUAUGCCGUUGGGCGACACUAUAGCCUGCCGCAAACCCCAACUUCGCAAAGCAGUCUCCGUUCCCACCGUCUCCUCUCUAGUCAAAGAUUCCUGGGACUGGGCCGGUGAUACUUUCCAUACCUAUCGCGAUGGUCUGACGAAAGAGCAACGGCAUGCGAAGGCCGAAAUCGAAGAUCGCAAACAGAUCCUGUACCUGCGCAUGAAGAAUGCCGUGUCGUACGAAGAGUGGCGGAUCUGCGCAAGCGAACUGGACGAACUCGAGGAGCGCAAUGUCUGGAAACACACGUUCGAAUGCAACGAGUACGAUCCGGCGUUGGUGCAGGACCGCCUGAGACAACUGGAUGAGGCGCGCGUGAGCUGCGACGCAAGCCGGAUGUUAUUUCUGGUGAGAACCGCGCUGAGUCGCGAUCUCGCGCAGAUGAGCAAUGCGUCGCUAUAUCGGCAUUCUCAUAUUGGAACGAAGGACUUGAUUGAUCGGUAUAUCACUGCGGCGCUGGAUACGAUCGCGACACUGGUUGAUCUCAGUGUGCACGAUCGCUGCGAUGGACUAGAGUUGAAGUACAUUCUUGAUCAGCUGCUGGCGGCGCGACAAGCUUUUGGACGGACAGCCCUGUUGUUCUCUGGCGGGGCGACGUUCGGAAUGACUCACAUUGGCGUCCUGAAGGCGCUCUAUGAGGCGCGGAUGAUCCCUCGUAUCAUCUCCGGAGCCUCUGCGGGAAGUAUCGUUUGUGCGGUGUUUUGCACACGCACCGAUGAGGAAUUGCCCGCGCUCCUAGACACCUAUGUCCAUGGUGAUUUUGCAGUUUUCAAUGAGAAGGGCCAAGAAGAGAAUAUCUUCCAGAAGAUGACGCGCUUUUUGAAGUUUGGGUCCUUCCUCGACAUUUCCCAUUUGGCGAAAACCAUCAGGAACUGGCUGGGCGACAUGACCUUCCAAGAAGCAUACAAUCGCACUCGCAGGAUUCUCAAUAUCUGCGUCUCGAGUGCCGGGAUGUAUGAACUGCCUCGUCUUUUGAAUUAUAUCUCUGCGCCCAACGUGUUGAUUUGGUCUGCCGUGGCGGUUUCAUGUUCCGUUCCCUUUGUCUUCAGGCCGUAUACCCUAAUGGCCAAAGACCCCUUAACAGGAGAGGCUGUUCCGUGGAACGACCUUCACAAACAGUACAUUGAUGGCUCAGUCGAUGGUGACCUGCCAAUGACCCGGUUGUCCGAAAUGUUUAACGUCAAUCACUUCAUCGUGUCUCAAGUCAACCCUCAUGUAGUGCCCUUCCUACCAAAGGAAACAGGUCCUCGGACUGACGCUGAGGACGGUUCAUCUUUUGUCCCACGAUGGAUGAGCACCAUGACGCACCUUGCCAAGGACGAAGUAUUACACCGGAUGAAUGUGCUCUCCGAACUCGGCAUCUUCCCAACAUCCAUGACCAAGUUUGCCUCCAUCGUGAAUCAAAAGUACCACGGUGACAUCAAUAUAUACCCUGAACUCAAUUCUUCGAACUUCCCACGACUCCUUGAGAAUCCUACAACGGAGUUCAUGCUUUCCGCCUGUUUGAGUGGCGAGCGGGCGACCUGGCCACGACUCAGCCGGAUGCGCAACCACUGCGCUAUUGAGCUAGCUCUCGAUAGCGCUGUCCAGCAGAUGCGGGCCCGCGUGGCUUUCAGCCCGAGCCAGGUGGACCUCCGCAUGGCCAAACCCGUCCGACACUCCAUCGACUCAGCUGACAGUGGGCGAGGCCGCUACCGACGCCGACGGGGAUCCCACAGUCACGAACUAGAGCACCGACACGGCAACCAGUCACCGAGCGCGCUUCGAAAGGCACGGAGCACUAUCUCUCUCGAGAACUCGGAUCAAAUGCGACCCCGGCCCCAUAGACGUACCUCCUCUGUCACGUUCAAUAACUCUAUCUUCGAUAUCGACUCUAGCAGCGACGAAGACCAGACAUACUUCCUCUCCCGACGCGGCCAGCGUACGCCCUCGGAUUCAUUCCUAGCGCACCACGGACCUCGUAGUCCCGUUCGCUCACGGCGAUCGUCAUUCUCCUCCGGUCUGACCUACGGCUCUACUCGUCCUACAAAGGUUUAUCCGGCGCGAGAUAUAGCCCCUUCCUCCCGCCAUCUCCUCAACAUGACGCCAACGGUAGCGGGCUUGCCUGAUCCCUCGCGCAAACGUCACUAA